GGUUGCUUGAGUCGCCGGCAAGAGUUGCUCAUCGAGUAGUAGGUUGAAGAACAGCAGUUCAUGCAGGCAUUUGCAGACCCGCUGCUGAUCAUUAGAAGAUCAGAGUCCAAUGCUGUAGGGAGCAUGGCGAAAUAGCCACAACAGUCUUAAGUGUAACAAAGCAACAAUGGCUUUUAAAACUGGCGCCGAAAGGCUGCGUAGCUUGGAGGAGAAGGCUGCGGCUGCGCCAUGCAAAUGUAACAAACCGUGCAGUAACUGCAGGAUCUUUCUGGGAUUCUUUGUGCUGUCCCUCUCUCUGCACCUGCUCACUUUACUCUUCUACUUGGAUCUCCGAUCGGAGGUGAAGCGGGAGCUUCUGCACAAAAGCAAAGAAGAGGCGGAGACUAGACGUGUGGCUGAACUACCCAGUGCACGUUCCCCUCAACUGGAUCUUUCAGACGAGCAACGAUCUUACUUUGAACGGGAGCUUGCUUUGUCUGAAAAUCACUCCUUUCAUCGGGAAGAGAGCCACAAAUUAAUUCAACGAAGCAAACGGAGUCAAAACAGAGAAGGAGAUGGAGGUUCCAGCCCUAAUCAAGGAAAACCCAAAAAAAAAGGCAAAAAACCAGGGCCUCCUGGUGCACCAGGUCCACCAGGGCCCCAGGGACCUCCUGGGCCUCAAGGACCUCCUGGAAUUCCAGGAAUUCCUGGGUUUCCUGGAAAUAAUGCAAUGGGACCUCCUGGACCUGCUGGUCCCCCUGGUCCACAAGGACCACCAGGACCUCAGGGACCUUCAGGUACUGUGGACAAAUCUUGGGCUAGAGAAAUGCAACCUGCUGUGGUGCAUCUACAAGGACAUGGAUCAGCAAUUCAGGUUAAGAAUGAUCUUUCAGGUGGCAUGCUCAAUGACUGGUCUCGGAUCUCUUUGAACCCUCGAGUUUUCAAGCUGCACGGGCGCAGUGGGGAGCUGGAGGUGCUGGUGGAUGGCACGUAUUUCAUCUAUAGUCAGGUAGAAGUGUAUUAUAUCAACUUCACCGACUUUGCCAGUUAUGAGAUUGUGGUUGAUCAGAAGCCCUUUCUGCAGUGCACCCGCAGCAUUGAAACGGGAAAGACUAAUUUCAACACCUGCUACACAGCUGGCGUAUGUCUAUUGAAAGCAAAGCAGAAAAUUGCAAUCAAGAUGGUACAUCCUGACAUUUCCAUCAACAUGAGUCAGCAAACAACGUUUUUUGGGGCGAUCCGGCUAGGAGAGUCUCCAUCUUCCUAAAUAAACAAGAAGAUCGUAUUGCUACCUAAAUUGCAACAAACUGGCAGUCAACAAAGCUGCACUGAGUAAAUGCACCGGGCUUGGCCAAUUCCAUCAUUGCUAUUUCUGUUCAAGCCUUAUCUCCCGUUUUAACAGUUACAGAGCAGACAAACUUUCUUCUGCAAAGUGUGUAUAUUUCUGGAGCACACAGAGCAGACACUUGCAGACAGACGUACACAAUUGUUGAUAAAGGUCAGGUCUAGCGAUUUGACAUACAUAUACAGUAUGUAUGCAUCACUGUAGUUGGAGGAUACUAUUAGCAUUCUUGCUUUGUAUUUUCUCAUCAAGGUGCUAAAAUGUAUGAAGAGAGAUAAGAUCUAGAGGUGAAGUUCUGGUCUAAUCGCUGUAGUAUGAAAGAGAUGAAGACAGGUGGAUUCCCUGUUGAAAUUAUAUGUAGGACAUUGUGAUCUGUGUAGUGCACUUGCAGUGUAUGUAGACAAGGACUUUAUGCUUCUCUGUCUUUUGUAGCAUCUACUCUUUUCUUUAGUAAGAAUGCACAUGAUUAUCCCAUUUUGUUACCAGCUAAUUAAUAGAACGUUCCCUUUCUUUAGGCAUUUAAGCAUGGGCUAAAUACUAUACAACAAAAUCCAAGUGUAAGGACAAUGUUGUGCACCACUGCAGUGCUGGUCUCAUUUUCUCUAAAGAAAAAAAAAAAAAAAGAAGCGGAGCUGUCCUAGACCGUAAUCUGAACAAGAUCGAAAACCUCAUGGUGUGCCUUGCCUACAUUAUCAAAGACCUUUGUACAUUUUGUAAAUAUGUCUGUAUUGCUCUGUUUAGAUUCUUCUCCAACUGACCCAUGAUGACUGAGUGAUAAUUUUAGGCUGGUUUGUGUUGUUUCUUUUUUCUUUUCAUCAAUGGCUAAUAUUUCUGUUAGUGAUAAGAAUUUCUGAUGCCUUAAGGAAAUGCGCAUAAAAAUUCAGCCAAAGCCGUCAAACUGUAAUUGUCUUUAUUAAGAUGACUGGUGCCUUUUGAAGUUUCUAUUUGUGUUCUUAAUUUCCCCUGUUAAAAAAAAAAAAAUAAAAGCAAAUACUUUUGUAAAGAGCAGUUUUUCUCUCAGAUGUGCAGGAAAGAUUGACUUGAACAGAAAUGCAGAAUCCUCUUAACAUGAAAGGUUUCCUCACUUUAGGUGCACGAAUGGGACAAGUAAAUAAAACUGCGGAGGAAUUCGCAGGCGCCUCUCUAGUAAAGCAUGACGUAGAUAUUAAAGCAGGAGAAUCCCAUCCACAGGACUUCUGCGUGCACAGCUCUACAAUGUUUAUCACAAAGUAAGUGUUUUCCAUUAGCUGUGCCCACAAAUGGUAGUGUGAUUGAUUUGUUUAAUAUAGUUCCUGAUUAAUUCGCAAAAUCUGUUAUUUGUUUUGAACAUUUCCCUCGGCCGCUGCUUUCACUGAUGCUUUGUGGUCACGCAAUGUGUGUGAAAGAAACUGGCAAGGAGCGGUCACUCUUUGUGACAUCACAUUAACAGCCUGUUCUGUUUGACACGAUACUCAGUGGGCUACGGCCCUCUAGGGAACACUUCUGGGGAGAGUUUCAGCAUAUAUGUCAGUCUAACGGAAAAUUACAGCAUGGACUUUUUAAUCUGUAUAUUCCAAGUUUGUUAACACAUAUUAGCUUUAGUAAUGUUUGCACAGUAACAUUGAAGCUGUAGAAAGAGAAUGAAGUGCAUAAGGAACAUGGGCCAAUGACUAGCUCCGUGACGCUCACUUUGACAAGCAAGUAAUUAUUCUCAAUCAUUUUUGCCUUAAUAAUCAUACGACACUGUAGAGCCACCUUCUCACAGACUCUCCUUUGUGCGUUAUAAACUGGUGUAUCUAAAAAAUGCCACCUUUUACACGCAAGUGCAGUAACUGAUCAAUAGAAAAAUGUGUUUACUGCGUGACUGUAUAUGCUAUCAGAUUUUGCUUGUCAGAUUUACGUCUGCAUAAUCAAGCUGUUGUUGCUUAAGGCAUAUUCUAUUGGCUUAAUUAGAUUUGUUGUUUCAAAAUCAUGAAUGUAUUUGAAGAGCAAGAAAUACAAAGAUCAAGUCUUUCUCUGUAUGUAUACAGAGUUUUGAAAGUGGCUUCUUCAUGCUUUUUAAGAAAAAGGAGCAAAAUCACCUGUCAAUAGUACGGACACCUGGUAUUUUUCUCCUUAAGAAGCAUAACAUAGUUUUCGUAAAGUUUUUGGAUAUUGCUAUCACUCAUUCCCUGGGGAAAUGCUUCAGAUGUGUUCUUUUGUCUCUGCUUUGUCCUAAUCCCUUACAUGUGUCAUUCUGCCAGUUUUUGGACCAGCUGAGUGCAGAGGUUUCACAAUACAUAAGUCACUAUAGCACAAGAACAGUUAAAUACAUUAUGGUUGUCACAGGCAAUAUCCCAUGCUAGCUUUAAAGACAGCAGCAAAUGCUGAAGGUAAGUGACACUUAGGUGAUGACAUAGCAGAAGUACCAAAAUAUUAAAAGUCCAUCUUUAUACUGUGCAACAUGCUAAACAUCACAAAACCCACAGAAGACACACAACUACUCCAGACACAUGCCAUUCAUACAGUUCAAACUCGGCCUACAAUGUGCUGACUGCACCUGCAAAAGAAGCAUUUUGUCACAAUCAGUAAUAAUAUUAAAUCAUGACCAUUAUUAUGUGUUGCAAUUAAAGAAUCGAAUCUGCACCAUGCCAGUCAAUGUAGAUCUACUGUAUUUGUGUUGCUAUUUGUAGUUUCCAAAGUUGUUGUGUCUAGAUGGCCACUCCUAAACAGCUUGAUUUCUACUUGUAAAUGAAAAAGAUGGGUUAAACCUGUUUGGAGAAUGUAUGCAUGGAGAGUUUACAUUAGCAACUUUUUCAGAUUGUGGGCUUUCUUUACAUUUUAGAAUGGUUAUGGUUUUGAUCUAAUGUAACCAAUUGUGUUUGUAAAUUUGAAAUAGUAUGUGCCUAUUACUGCAAAUUUAAAUAUCUGAUAUGAAUUUCCUUGGGUAGCACAUUGCAUGGGAGCUGCCAGCUUUGAGUUGUAAAGUUGAAAAAAAAAAUUCUGCUUUUUCAAAAGAGGAAAAGGCCUCUCCGAAGCUACGCUACACACUGAUGAUGCAAGCGAAAAAACACCACCACCAUUUGAACAUUUACCAGUGUUGAGGCAAGUUGUACUGUUCUGACCGGGUCAGUCACACAGUGGUUUGCCAAUGUAAGAGGAGCGUUAGCCACACAACGCACACCUCCUGUUUUGAAGAAAGCCAUACUGCUGCGGACAGGGAUUUGCUUAUUUUAAAAUGUAAUGUCCUGCAGAACACAUUUUAAAAUGUGAUGUGUGUUAUCACAUUUUUAAAUUUGUUCUAUACAAGUUAAGUAAGUUAAGAUUUUAGUUACCCUGAGCACAUCCUUAUCUGUAUUUCUAUGCACAUGUAUUUUUAUGAUAAAAUAAGGCAUUGAUUAUCUGGCUAAAGAAAUGUAUGCAUACCUUGGUCAAAUACUGGAAAAGUUAAAUAAUUCUCAAACAGUUCAUUUUCCCCAACUGAAGCAAAGGAACUAUACUUAGAAAUUUAGAAGCUUCAGUAAAAAGGAUUUCCAAAAAGCAGCAUUUAAACAACUAUUUAAGAGAAAGUACAUUUUUUUCUACUGAAUUGUGUUUCACCAUUUUUGGAUAGAAUGGAGUAUACAACUACAUACUGUGUGUAGUAAACAAUGUUUUAAUAAAUGUUUUAAUACAUUAGUGGAUAAUAUACUGUACAUUUGUAUACUGUCUUGUACAUAUGUAUAUAAAAUAGAAUGUACGUUUUUGUAAAUGUUCUUUGAUUAUUUUAACGGACCAAUAAAGCUCUUUCCAUAUAAUUAAA